AUGGCUGCUUCAGUUCCCACUGCCCCGAACAAGCCAAAGGGCAUCAACCUCUAUGCGCGUUUCGCGCUUGCUAGUGCCCUAGGCUGCUCCGUCACCCACAGCGCCUUCACUCCAGUCGAUGUCGUGAAAACCAAGAUCCAACUCGACCCAACCACCUACAACCGCGGUAUGGUAGGUAGUUUCCGCCAGGUCAUCCGCAACGAAGGCAUCAGUGCUCUCGCGACAGGCUUCGGACCAACCUUUGCAGGCUACUUCAUGCAAGGCGCUUUCAAAUUCGGUGGAUACGAAUACUUCAAUCAGAAAUUCACAGAUGCUCUCGGUGCAGAAAAGGCCCAACAGAAUCGUACGCUCGGUUAUGUUCUUGCAGCUGGUUCUGCAGAGUUCUUUGCCUCGAUUGCUCUGUGUCCAUUGGAAGCUACGCGUAUUCGUCUUGUCUCAACACCUGGUUUUGCGAAUGGUCUGAUUGGUGGGUUUGGGAAGAUUUUGAAGAAUGAGGGGAUUGGUGCCUUUUAUUCUGGCUUUGGUCCAAUCUUAUUCAAGCAGGUUCCCUAUACAAUCACCAAGUUCGUUGCUUUUGAGAAAAUCUCAGAAGCUAUUCUGAGCCAAUUUGACAAAUCCCAAAUGUCGGCGGGAACCUCCACUGCCGUGAAUCUGGGAUCUGGUCUGCUUAGUGGUUUUGCAGCUGCCGUUGUGUCUCAGCCUGCUGAUACCAUGCUGUCGAAAAUCAACAAGACCAAGGGUCUGCCUGGCCAGAGCACUUUAUCUCGGCUGGUUAAGAUUGCAGGCGAGCUUGGUCUGCGUGGCUCUUUUGCUGGUCUUCCAACGCGUCUGUUCAUGGUUGGUGGCCUAACUGCAGGACAGUUCGCUAUCUAUGGUGACAUCAAGAAGCUCCUUGGUGCUACUAAGGAGUGA